AUGUUCCAGUCAAACAAAGUGAAGGACCACCUCCACCAAGCUUUUGAUGAUGAGGAGAACACUCUUGAUGCUGGCGUACGCCUCACUGCCACUGCUACUACUACCACCACCACUGGUUCUGGCAAAUACCGUCGCAUUUGGCGUCGAAUUAUAGGCUGUGUAGCCGCAAAGAAGAUACGCUCUCAUGAUCAAGACUCUCCACAGCCAUUGCAAUCGCCUUGCCCACAAGAACCUGUACCAAUCGGAUCUAAACAAACCCAACAUGUCAUUGAAACGAGCUCUGUUGACUGCAGGGAGAAGAAAGAGGCAGACGAAGGUCGGAACAGAGUUAUUCAUCAAGAAUCUCCACAGCCAUCGCCGUCGUCGACGAUACCUUGUGCUCCUUGCCCGGAGGAACCUGCACCAAUCGACACUAAACAAUCCCAACAUGUCAUUGAAAUGACCUCUGUUGAUAGGGAGAAGAAAGAGGCAGACGAAGGCCGGAACAGAGUUAUUCAUCAAGAAUCUCCACAGCUAUCGCCGUCGUCGACGAUACCUUGUGCUCCUUGCCCACAGGAACCUGCACCAAUCGACACUAAACAAUCCCAACAUGUCAUUGAAAUGACCUCUGUUGAUAGGGAGAAGAAAGAGGCAGACGAAGAUCAGAAGAAAGUUGCUCAGAUUGUGAAACAGAACAACUUGAACUCUCUCAAAAAACUAGGUGGCGUCGACCGGGUUGCAAGACUUCUGGGUUCUAAUUUGAAGGAGGGAAUUCAUGGCAGCCAAGACCAGCAAGUGCACUUGAUCAUCAACGACAAACUUCAUCUUGGAAAAGGUUUCUUGUACUUCUUCUUACGGGCCUGUAACAGAUGGACCAUUUUUCUGCUCUUGGUCGCAGCUGGAAUUGCCUUUGCUAUUGAUAUUAAGGAGGGCCAUGGACUUAGAAAUGGGUUGCAAGAUUGGGUUCCUGUUCUCGUUACUGUGGUCCUGCUUGUUACAUUCUCUUUGGUAGGGGACCUUUACCGUGAAAGGCAGAGGGCGAAGAAGGUGUUAAAGAAUAUUAGGAAAUUGAAAGUGAAUGUUGUCAGAAGUGGACAGCCCCGAUUGAUUGACAUUUCUGAUGUUUUGGAGGGUGAUAUAGUGAGUUUGAAGAUGGAUGAUUGUAUUCCAGCUGAUGGUUUGAUUGUGCAAGGCGAGAAUUUGGUAGUGGAUGAGGUCUUCAACUCUAAAAUCAAUUGUGAUCAGAACCCAUUUCUUUUCUCAUGUUCAAAGGUUGUUAAGGGCCAUGGUACAAUGCUUGUAACAUCAGUCGGUAAUAAUACAGCUAUGGGUGAAGAGCUGAGCUUGCAUAUGGCUCAUGAUCCAAAUUAUGAGAAGACACUGUUACAAGCUCGGAUCGAGAAAGCAAUAGAUUACGGUGAAAUAUUUGCUCUUUGUGUCACUGUGCUUAUUAAUCUUGUGUUGUUAAUUCGCCUCUUAUGCGGAAAACACAGUAACAGUAUACUUUCGCCAGACCUUAAGGGGAAUGUUUCGGUGGACAGGCUGAUGAAUAUUUUUGAGAGAAUUUCCCUUAAAUCUCAAGGAAAUAUUGGGAAUUUGACAAGUGCUCUGACAACCAUCGUAAUAGGAUUACAACACGGAAUGCCUCUUGUGAUUACAGCUUCUCUAAACCACUGGAACAAAAAGGUGCAGAUAAAUGGAGUAGAGCUUCGGAAUUCAUCAGCUUGUGGCAUAAUGGGGCUGGCAACAAUCUUCUGCAUUGAUGUAACUGGUGGGUGGAUGUGUAAGCAGGUGGAGGCUAACAAUUUUUUUGUUGGUGAGAAAGAUAUCUGCAAAGGCGUGGACUCUGAAACGAGCCAAAUUGUUGUCGAAGCUUUGCAUCAGGGAAUUGGCGUGUCACUUCAUGUGCGUGAGUUCACUGUUAUUCCGACCACCAAUUCGCUUAGUUCCUUGCUUGAGUCAAAAUGUGGUCUGAAUAUGGAGGAUUUUGCUCAAAGUUUUGAGAUUCUGGAGUGUACAAAAUUGAGCUCUAUCAAGAAAGCUAGUGGCGUUUUGAUGAGGAGAAACGGUAAUGAUGAAAAAAUUCAACACUUGCAUUGGUGUGGGGCUGCAUCGACUAUACUGGAAAUGUGCUCACACUACUAUGACUGCGGAGGUCAAACUCAUGCUAUGGAAGAUAAGAAAAAGAAGUUUGAGGAGAUGAUUAAAGAUAUGGAGGAUGGUGGUCUUAGACCCAUUGCAUUUGCUUAUAAGCAAAUUGAGGACCAAGGACUUAUAGAAGAAGGGUUGAACUUGUUGGCGCUAGUGGGUCUGAAAUACCCAUGUCAGGAAGGGAUAAAGUCAAUGGUGAAAGAACUUAGAUCUGCUGGAGUAUGUGUCAAAUUGGUAUCAGGGGAUGAGCUCUCUGCAGGGAGAGCCAUAGCUUGUGAAUUAGAAAUCUUUACUCCUGGUUCAAAUGAUGUGGCACUUAACAGUGAAGAAAUUCGAGAACUGAUUAGCAGUGGAAGGAUGGACAAACUCGAUGUGGUUACUGUGAUAGGAAGUUGCUACCCAAAGGAUAAGCUUUGGGUGAUACAGCAAUUGCAGAAAGAAGAUAACCCGGUUGUUUUCUUUGGAGGGUUGACCACAACAGACACCCUAGCUUUAAAAGAAGCCGAUGUAGGGAUCACUGUCCGGGAUUGGAGCACUGAAUGUGCAAGAAUGAGCUCUGAUAUUAUUGUCCAAGAUUUUGGUUCAUUACUUCGUAUUUCGAAUAUUGGCAGAAAUGUUAACUACAACAUUGAAAAGCUCGUUCAACUUCUGGUCACCGCUUGCUUCUCUGGGUUUAUAACAAACUUAAUAAUCACAUUGUUUUCUGGAGCAUCCCCAAUAACAGGAUUGGAAAUGUUUUGGGUGAAUUUGAUUCUGUGCCUUACAGGCAGCCAAGUGUUGUUGAUGGAAUUAAAAAGCCAGCAUAAACCAGCUAAAAGGACUCGGCCACUUAUAACCAAGGCCGUGUGGGGAAACAUUGCAGUUCAAGUCAUAUACCAGGUUUCUGUCUUACUCAUCUUUCAGUUCAAGGGAGAAACCUUGUUCAGCAUGAGUGAUGAUGAUGUCCAGAAGACCAUGAUCUUCAACAUGUAUUCCCUAUGUCAGAUCUUUAAUCUGUUCAAUGCCAUACACCAAGUGAAGAAGGAAGUACUGUUGAAGGUUAUUGUUCGCAGCUAUUGCUUUUUGAUCAUUUUGGCUGCUGUUAUGGCCGCGCACGUGCUGAUGAUUGAGUAUUCGGGUAUUGUAACCAAUUUUGUGAAGUUGAACGCGGUGCAGUGGGCUUUCUGCUGUAUUAUUGCUGCACUUUCAUGGGGUUACCACUUGGCCUUAAAAUGGCUUCCGCAUAUCUUCGAAAAAUGCUACUCUUUUGUUUCGACAUCAGUUGAUUCAAAUUAUGGGUUCUCGAAUAGGAGGCGCAGGUAUUAUGUUUCCCAUUUUGGUGUCCCAUUUUCCAUGUUCCUUCUCUACGCGUCAGGAGUUUUCAUUAUUGUUAAACAGUAUGGAAUUCUUCCGGUGGCCUUAUAA